AUGAAUUUACUAACAUUCUUUACUGCCAAUCUAUUAAAGAAGCACAUCUGUUUAAGUUCACAGUAUACAGUAGGUGAUAAUUCUAUCAUAAUUACCGAUGAAAAUGAUUUAUCUUCAACAGAUAUAUUAAAAGAUAUGGAGCAAAGAUCAAUUUAUAAAGUUAUUAUCAAAGUUAAUACGAUAAGUAAGUAUACAUCGUACGAGUUUAAUCGAAUGAUUCAUGAAAUAGUUUUUGAUUCAACAUCAAUCACAGAAAUAACCUCAGGCGUCUUUUACCAAUGUGUUUUUCUUGAAAAAGUUACACUUUCACCCUAUAUAACUAAAAUUGGAGGUGGUGCUUUCGCAUAUUCUUCGAUCAAUUCUAUAAAUCUCGAAAAUGUCAUUGAUAUGGAUAACCAAGCUUUCUUAGGUUGUUCUAAACUUACAUCUAUUAACAUCCGGAAUGCAAAAACAGUGUAUUUCCAAAAUUCUGGAUUAGAAUCAGUUGUUCUUUGA